AUGUCGACCGAAUACAUUCAAGUACGGCAGGAUGAUGAAUAUAUCAACGGAGUUGCUCUUACCUGCCCACCACCAGCUGUCCAGAGGCGGAGCAGGGUUAUGACAGUGCUACCAUGGUCGCUGGUUGCUCUAGCUUUGGCGUUCUACACGCUAAUUAUCUUCUCAAAAGUCUUUUCAAAAACUUGCUGGCUAUCUUCUGGUGAAAAUCCUCUUAACGCGCCUAUCCAGUGGGAAGAGCGAACCUAUUUAACAAAUAUCAAAACCGGCGUGUUUGACCCAUAUUCUACGGCGAAUCCAAACGUUGAAGAAGCUUGGAAAGCACUUAUCGACACACAUAUUACCACGAUAACAGAAGAAGAGAAGCAAAACCUCCCGGGUCACAGGAACACUGCCAGAGCAUACGGCAACGAGCCCGGUUAUGCCGUUUUGAUUGAAGUCUUCCACCAGCUACACUGUCUGAACGCUAUACGAAAGAGUUAUUACAGUGGAAAUAAAACUGACGAUAAUCGUGGUUUUAGCGAACCAGGGGGGCACUCAGACCAUUGCUUUAGCUAUUUGCUGCAAACCCUCCUUUGCCAUGCAGAUGUCGGCGUUAUGACCACGAUGUGGAAUACUCGAGCGCAUGUUUUUAUGGCCGACUUCAACGUGACCAAGCAGUGCCGCAACUACGACUUGAUCAAAUCCUGGGCUCAGACUCGAAAGGCCAAGUUUAGUCCACCACCUAGAGUAUCCAUGUAA